UGUCAAAAAUGCUUGGCUGAAACACGCCGUCAAAUCUUCUGGAAAGAUUUGACACAAACGUGUGAAGUGCUGACCUCUGUGCCCUUCACCUCACUGACGUUCAUUUGUCACCUCCACCUUCCAGGCUCCUCUGGAGGUGACGCCUUCGGUCCUGCUGCUGCCGCUGGGAUAAACCAGGACGCAGACAGACGAGCUUGAGACCGUCAUCGGUGCGCUGACCUGGCUCUUCUCUGCAGCUGAAGAUGGAGGCCCCCUAGAAUGUUCUCAAACAAGGGGCGGAGCCUGUCCCUGCAGAGGUCCCCAGAGCCACUCGAUUUCCUUCAAACCAGCUCUGCGUGUGAGGAACCUGGAGCAGCUUCAUGAUGACGGACAGACAGAAGUCCUGUCUGCUGCUGGUUCCCUGGACAGAUGUGGCUGUGGUCUGCUUCCAGAUGUGCCUGCUCAGGUUCGACGGCCUCCUUAUAAACGCUUCGUCCCCUGAGGCAACCACUUUGUUUGCCAGCAACAUCUGAAGAAGGUAGACGAGGGCUUCAAAGCUGCAGCAGACCAAAGUGCUUCAUGUGGUUUUGAUGACAUCAGAGGUCCUCUGGAUCUCACUCACGGCAGGGACACGGCGGACCAGUCGACACGGUCGAGCUUUCUUUGGUUUACAUUUGGUUUUCCAUCAUCCUGAACUCCUCGAGGAACGUUCCAGGCUUCGUCAUGGCACCAGUCCUGGCGGAGGAGCUCCGUGCAAACCUUCAGUCUCAUCUGCAGCGGCUCCUCUGAAAAUGACCAGAAAAAUCUGAGAAAAAAAUGAUUAACUUGGAAGAGACUUGGCGAACCACCACGUUUGGAUACGAUAAACCUGGAAUAGAUAAUGAAAUAGAAUUUGUAAAUACAACAAAAAAACUCAAAAUGACUCGGGGAAGUCCAAAACAGAUGUGGUGAGCGUCUCAGUGACUGGGGAAACCAUCAUGCACUUGAGGAAAUUAGGAGUUAAAGAGUUAUUGCAAAUAACAAACAUGACUUGGUCAACCUGAAAGUUCAGAACAUGCUUGGUGAUAUACGCAGGUCUUUGACUGACACUGAGAACAAGAACAUGUGAGACGGAGUCGGGAAACCUCAAAGACUGGAAGAUGUGAAGUUGGAUAAUAAAAAACCUUCAAAUGACUUGAGACACCAGGUCUGAAACAGCUUUGUGACCAAGGAAGUAUGGGAUGGAAGUCAUUCAGUUGUCACUGCACGGGUCAACGUAGACUUGUUGACCUGAAACCACUGGCAGAAACUGAAGCCUGCAACUUGGCACGUGAUUGGCAGCACACGUGUGGGCUAACGAAGCAGCUGCUGGUGACGAGUACAAGAGUGUCGGUGGCAGCGUCUCCUCUCUGAUCCACUGAGGCUCCAGCUGAGGUCGAAGGUCGCCGCUCACUGCAGCAACGAUGGCAUCAAAGAAGGUUCUGAUCGUCUACGCCCACCAGAGCGGCGCCUCCUUCAACGCUGCAGCCAAAGACGCUGCUGUGGAGGUGCUGAGCGCUCAGGGCUGCGCCGUGGAGGUCUCUGACCUGUACGCCAUCAAGUUCAGGGCUGCUGCCACGGCUGAGGAUGUGGGAGAGGUGAAGAACCCGCAGCACUUCAGGUACUCUGAGGAGACCAAGCUGGCCUGGGAGGAAGGAAAGCUGUCUGCCGACAUCAUGGAGGAGCAGCGGAAGCUGAAAGAGGCGGAGCUUGUGAUCUUCCAGGUAACGUCUGAAGGUUCUCUCCUUUCUCUCCAGCACCUUCUGACUGGGCUUCACUUCCAGUUCCCCAUGUACUGGUUCUCCUUCCCUGCCAUCCUGAAGGGAUGGAUUGACCGUGUCCUCACUCUGGGCUUCGCCUUCUCUCCAGAGAAGAGGUUCUCCGAGGGCGUCUUCAAGGACAAGAGGGCGCUGUUGUCCUUCACCACCGGCUCUCAGCAAUCCAUGUUCAGCUCAAACGGCAUCAACGGAGACAUGAACGUGACCUUGUGGCCGAUGCAGAACGGCAUCCUGCACUACUGUGGCUUCCAGGUUCUGGCCCCUCAGAUCUUCUGGGCUCCCUCAGACUCCUCGGCCGAGGCUCGCGCCGCCAUGCUGGAGUCCUGGCGGAAGAGGCUGGCGGGCGUCUUCGGUGACGCGCCGCUGACCUUCACUCCUCUGGAGUGCUUCGACGUGAAGGCAGGGUUCCAGCUGAAGCCGGACGUCCAGGAGAAGCAUGCUGGGAGGGAGUUUGGUCUGACGGCAGGAGUCCACCUGGGCAAGCCGCUGCCGCCCCACAGCCAGAUGAAGGCUGGCGUCUGA